GAGUGAGAAGUUGAACCAUUAUCAACCAUCACCGGUAAAGCUAAAGUUUUUAGUUUUGGUUUUUUCAAUUACAUAUUAUCUAAAUAAUUAUUGUUAAGUUUGAAAAUAUUCCUAAAUAGCAAAAAUGGUGGUGAGACAAUAUAACCAAGAACUUGAAUAUCUGGAAAAAAUUAAUUCGCAUUGCUGGAGAAUCAAAAAAGGAUUUCAACCCAACAUGAAUGUUGAGGGUGUAUUUUAUGUUAACCAAACCUUAGAAAAGCUUAUGUUUGACGAACUUAGAAAUGCUUGUAGACCUGGCAUGGUAGGUGGCUUUUUACCAGGUGUAAAACAAAUAGCAAAUGUUGCUGCUCUUCCAGGAAUUGUAGGUAGAUCAGUAGGUUUGCCUGAUGUUCAUUCUGGGUAUGGAUUUGCCAUUGGUAAUAUGGCAGCUUUUGAUGUCAAUGAUCCCAAAUCUAUUGUUUCACCUGGUGGUGUAGGUUUUGAUAUUAAUUGUGGAGUAAGGUUAUUAAGAACAAAUCUUUUCGAGCAAGAUGUAAUGCCCAUAAAAGAACAGCUAGCUCAAAGUUUGUUUGACCACAUCCCUGUUGGAGUAGGUUCAAAAGGUAUUAUACCAAUGAAUGCAAAAGAUCUUGAGGAAGCAUUGGAGAUGGGAAUGGACUGGUCACUUCGAGAGGGAUACAUCUGGGCUGAGGACAAAGAACAUUGUGAAGAGUAUGGAAGAAUGUUGAAUGCCGACCCUUCAAAAGUCAGUAUGAGAGCCAAAAAGAGAGGCCUACCACAGUUAGGAACAUUGGGAGCUGGCAACCACUAUGCCGAAAUCCAAGUAGUAGAAGAAAUCUAUGACAAAUGGGCAGCCAGUAAGAUGGGCAUCGAAGAAAAAGGACAGAUAUGUGUUAUGAUUCACUCAGGAAGUCGUGGUUUUGGUCAUCAAGUUGCUACAGAUGCUCUUGUUCAGAUGGAAAAAGCCAUGAAGAGGGACAAUAUUGAAACUAACGACAGGCAGUUGGCGUGUGCCAGAAUCAACAGUCAAGAAGGUCAGGAUUAUUUGAAGAGUAUGGCAGCUGCUGCCAACUUUGCAUGGGUUAAUAGAAGCUCUAUGACUUUCUUAAGCCGGCAGGCAUUUGCCAAGAAGUUCGGCUUAGCUCCAGAUGAUCUCGAUAUGCAUGUCAUUUAUGAUGUGUCCCACAACAUAGCAAAAGUUGAAGAACAUAUUGUAGAUGGAAAACCAAAAACACUUUUAGUUCACAGAAAGGGCUCUACAAGAGCUUUUCCACCACAUCACCCACUCAUACCUGUAGACUAUCAACUUACAGGACAACCAGUGUUGAUUGGUGGUACUAUGGGAACCUGCAGUUAUGUUCUAACUGGUACCGAACAGGGAAUGUUGGAGACGUUUGGAUCUACAUGUCACGGGGCUGGUCGAGCUUUGUCCCGAGCCAAAUCAAGAAGGAAUCUGGAUUAUACUGAUGUGUUACGGAAGCUCGAAUACAUGGGAAUUUCCAUUCGAGUCGCAUCACCGAAACUAGUUAUGGAAGAGGCUCCAGAAUCUUAUAAAAACGUCACUGAUGUUGUAAAUACAUGCCAUGCUGCCGGAAUUUCGAAGAAGGCUAUUAAACUAAGACCUAUAGCUGUAAUUAAAGGUUAAGCGUAAUUAUUUAUUAUUGUGUUGAAUAUCUUGACAAAAAUGUAAUUUUUUUGAAGCAGUGAACACACAGUUCAUUUUAUUAAUAUAUAAAUUGGUGUAACAGGU